AAUAAUUGAAGAGAUGACAUACCAGCACUGUUCUCCUACCUGUAUUGACCUCUCUCCUUUUUCAUAUUUUGAAUUCUUCAAGUUAUUAAUUACACUGUUGUUUGAAAAUCUUGUGGAGGAAUGUUUGCCUUGUAUAAGGACUUAGUUUUGGAAGUUUUCUUGGGUUACAUUUCCCUCUCCCUUUAUUAUGGCUUGGCCCCUAUGCUCUGGUACUUCCCGCUUCAGGUUUUGGAAAUCACUGGCUAUGAAAUCCUUGCUGCAGCUUACGGCACACCUUUAAUAUUGAGCAUCACAACAGUGUGGAGAUUGGCCAACAACAAGUAUGUCAUUGCCUUUCUCAGACUAAUCACUCUGGGGAGUAUUGCUUCUUAUCAAGCCUCUUGCCCUCUUACCCGAGCUGUAGCACUGGCUCUUGGAGUAGCUUCAGCUCUGCUUGUUCAAGCUGUGACUUGGUGGUCAGGAGACUUUCAGCAAAGACUCUGCAGAUUUUGGGGUUUCAUUCUGGGUCAUAUUCUGCAACUUGUAUUAAGGAUCUGGUGCACCUCCCUGAACCCAGUGUGGGCAUCCAAUACCUUAAACUCUUUAAUACUGGCUGUGGGUGCCAUUGUGACUUUGGAGAGAAUACGUUCAGAUUUUCAGAAGUUAUCUCAGAUAGACAAGGAGACAAAAUCACCGAUGAAAAAGAUCAACCCUGAUGUUUGGUUCGAUUGGCUUGUGAGUGGAGCUGCUUAUGGAAGUCUCCUGUACCUUGUACACUGGAUAUUCGGGGAGGUCUCACUUGUUUCACGGUGGGCAGUAAGUGGCCACCCAGAGACCGGACCAGAUCCAAAUCCUUAUGGGGGUGUGAUUUUGGUUGCCCUGGCUUUUGGUGUGAUGUUAACAUUUUGGGCCUCUGUUGACACCAUUGCCUUUUGGCUAACAGGAGUCACAUCAGCAAUUUGUCUCAUUUACCUUCGGAGGGAAGGAGCAUUUGCUGCUGGAACUGUGUUAGCUGUUUACGCUAUGUCACUCUGGCCGCACAUAAUUGAACAUCUCAUCAGCUCAGGAGGUCCCGGAAAAGCCUUAGGCACGGCAAUGUUGGUGUAUUUGCUGGAGAUUCUUGGUACAGUGUGGUGUACAGCUUACAACUUUGUGCCUGGAGGUGCCAUCACAAGAGAAAAAUCUAUGGUGGUUUUGGGAACGCUGAUGCAUUUGAUUGGAUUGGGAUUAUUCUUUGGUAAACGGCCUAAAUUAUUCCCAAUGCUAAACAGAAAUGCGGCUCCGCUCUUGAUGAAGUAUGUCAAACGAUUACUUUGGCUGUUUGUGGGUUUGGGACUGUUAGGAUUAGGUCAACGAUUUAAAUCAUAUCAGAAGAAAUUACACAACCCAGUUGGUAUCCCGUCUGUGAAGAAAGAUUUCUCAGCUAUGAUAUGGUCUUACAGAUUUGGGUAUGACAAUCAAGGUUGGCCAAGUUUAGAAAGAUCUGCCAAGCUUAUCGAACAAACAGGUGCAGACUUAAUUACUAUAUUGGAAAGCGAUGCCUCUAAACCUUUCCUUGGAAAUAACGAUCUCACCAUGUGGUUGGGAGAGAAGCUGGGAUUUUACACGGAUUUUGGUCCAAGCACAAAAGAUCACACCUGGGGAAUAAUGGUUUUGUCAAGAUACCCUAUCAUCCAGUCCAAGCACCACUGUCUUCCAUCUCCACAAGGAGAGAUUGCUCCUGCCAUUUCAAUGACAGUCAACAUUUCAGGAAACCUUGUGGAUUUGGUUGUUGCUCACUUUGGCAAUGAUCAGGAUGAUUUAGACAGGAAGUUGCAGGCAGAGUAUGUUUCUAAUAUACUGAAGAAUAUCACACAACCUGUUGUAUUUUUGGGUUACAUUACUUCUGAACCUGGCUCCAGAGAUUACCAACAGCUUCAGAAUAUUGGAAACGUAAAGGACAUAGAUCAAAGUGAUCAACAAAGAUGGUGCGAGUACAUCAUGUAUCGUGGACUUAUAAGGUUGGGCUAUGCCCGCAUUUCACAUGGUGGUCUAAGUGAUACGGAAGUCCAGUUGGGGAAAUUUCGGAUUCCUGAUGACAAAAAUCAUUAUGAAGAUAAUAACAAGGUUGAAAUUGAUCCUGAAAAAGUACCUGAAGAACUUCACUUUAACCCCAGGUUUGGAUCCUUUAAGAUUGGACACAACUAUGAACACAUUCACCACUUUCAUAUGAACACCCCAAAGUACUUUAUUCAUCAGAAUGAAAAAGGGGAAAAUAAAAUGCGUACAUGAUUGCAUUAAUAAUAUAGGAAACUUUUUGAUACUCAUUGAAUAUUUCUACAUAUCAGUGAGGUUACAUAACUCUUUAUUAAGAAUCUUACUGUGUUGACCGAAACUUUAGAAACCAUCUACAAGAACAAUGUUUUAUAAUAGAAUCCAUAGUAUUUAUGACUAAAAUGAAAGUUUUUGACCUCUUUCGUAACAAACUAAGUUAGUGAUUAUUCAUUGCUUCCUAUUAUGUUCCACAAACCUUUCCAAUGCUUCUAAUUGUAUUUAUUCUUGUAUAAACUGAACAAACUAUAGAAGAAGAAAAGAAAAUCAAAAAUACACAACCAGUUAUAAAACUUCCCUGUUGUUACCUCCAUAAACUUGGAAAUGUUAUAAUGUUGGAAAUGUUAAAUGAAGAUGUCCUUUCUCACAUGAGCAGAUAGCUGGGAUCUGACAAGGCUGUUCUUGAUCUAGAAAUGGUGGAAAUAUCUGUAGUUAAGCUUUUAUAAUGAUGGGUAAUCUGCAUCUUAGUUCCAAGCACCAUUACAUCAAAGACAUACAGUCAUUCAAAUGGAUUCCCCUGCAGCAUUAUGCUUUACCUGUUUGGAAGAUGUAUAAAAAAAAAUUGCGCUAGAUUUCAGUAUGCCUUGCUGAAUAAUACUACAGUAAAUAUCUUAUACCCUCGCCACCCUCAGGACUGUGGACUAUAAGAUUUUCUGGACUAAUGCAUGCUACUCCAGUGAAUGCCCCAACACACAUUUUCACUUUUUUUUAAUGCUACAUGGCUGCGUAAUAUUUCAGUGACUCCGGUGGGCAUGCAAGGAGUGGAACUAGAGUCCCAGUGUGUCUAAAGGGAAUAGGAAGAGAAUGCUCUGAGUUUCAAUAGCACUCCAUACCUCAGCUCUGCUUGGAAAACCAGCCACAUUCCUGACCACAGUCACACACCCAGUCCAUAAUCAGGAUUCCAGUUCUGGCUACACAUCUCACUUGCACAGUCUUGGUACAUACUCAGGACUAAUGAGUAAGCCAGAUGUUGAACCACUGGGAUUUCUGAACGGCAGAGAAUUAUUGCUUUACUGUAAGUAAUAAGUUGAAGAAAACAAAAUGGAAAUAUUUAUAAAGUGGGGAUAAUCUUAAUAAAAUAGAUAAGGGAUAGAACUCAUUGACUUUUUGAAAUAUGAUUGUAGAUGAAAAAAAGUCCUGUAAGAUUGAGUUUGUAUUAGAAACCUUCUAUGCAAGAAGAUCUUAUAGCUUAGCUAGAUCACUCAAACCAUUUCCUUCAACUGACAUCCUAAAAAGUAUUAUCGGAACAAAGGUGCAUUGUAGAAAUCAUUGGGCUCAUUGUAAAUAAUUUUGAAGAAAUAAAUAAUUGAGGUAGUCAAUGGAUUAAGAAGUGCCCAAACAUUAUAAAUGUUAAGAAGCUAAUAGGUAAGCAUUAUUUUCAAGGUUUAGUUAACUUAAGGCUAUAAAGUCAGAACUAGAAUGAAGUGGGAGGUUGGAAAGUUAUUUAAAAAUAGCUACUGAGACAAAAAUCACUUGUGGCUUAUCCUUCACAACAGUGACUACGCUUUAAAAAUGAGAGCUUUAGAAUUUCCUGAAAAGGAUAUGAAAGGGUUUAUCAAUGCAAGUGUUCCUUUUAUAAAGAGGAUGAAAAGUUAACUUUUGUAGAAUAUUAGCAUGAGAUGACUCUAAUACAUACAUUUCUUACAUCAUUGUGUCUUCUAAUAAAAUUUGAAAUUUACAA